AUGGUACAACCAAACAGUGACAUCACCGUCACCUCCUUGUGCUAGACAGGCGUUCGAAGGGUUGCUGCUACAUUGUUUACAUUUUAGUUGUUACAUUGUAUCGUUUUACAUAAAAUCGACAAUAACCUGCCUGUUUACACGUUCAGGUUUGAAUUUCAACAUCACGUCAUAGCGCGAGGAUUCUGCAAAAAUGAAAUGGAUGUUUAAAGAGGAUCAUUCCCUCGAACACCGAUGUGUGGAGUCUGCCAAAAUACGCAACAAAUAUCCUGACAGGGUACCGGUGAUAGUGGAGAAAGUGUCUGGCUCACAGAUAGUGGACAUCGACAAGAGAAAAUACUUGGUCCCUUCUGACAUCACAGUGGCCCAGUUCAUGUGGAUCAUCAGGAAGCGCAUCCAGCUGCCCUCGGAGAAAGCUAUUUUUCUCUUUGUUGACAAAACUGUUCCCCAGUCCAGUCUGACAAUGGGACAGCUAUAUGAGAAAGAGAGAGAUGAGGAUGGCUUUCUGUACAUGGCGUACAGUGGCGAAAACACAUUUGGUUUCUAGGCCUUCACACAAAGUUGAGUUGACACAACCCUUGAUUGUACCGCUAUCAUAAUAGAGAAAGAUGUGUGGAAGAAGUGUGUUAGAAACCUCAACAUUAAUCAUGCAUUUGUAUUACUAGUAUCACUCAUAGCAUAUUAUAUUGAAACUAUAAAUUGUACAUUUGAUUACUUUUAGGUAAAGAAUGUUGUUACAUUAUUAUUAGCAGUUUAACAUAUUAAUGUAAUCUAUGAUAUACAGUAAUAACGGUUUUGUUUUAAUUUAUAAAUGUUGUUUGAUUUGUUUAUUAUCUUUAAAGAUGAUAUAUACCAAUACUUUGAAUAUAUGAAAGGUAAGGUAGCUUGAUGACCAAUAAAAACACAUAAAAUGGC